CGAAGCAACAACAAGUCCCGCAACAAUGGGAAGGCGAAAUCCGCAUUGCAGGCCGGAAAUGGACAGCCAGUGCAAGUUCCAUGGGUCAAGUUCGGCUUGACCGAGGCGGAGUACUAGGUCCGCGGCCGCUACGGCAGCUGAUAUUGGUGCAACAACACCAAGCACAAGACCUCCCUGUGCCAGGAUCAGGGCAAGGAGGAUGUGCGACCCCGCCUCAACUCGGGAAACUGAGUUCCGCGGAAGGUGAGGCGACUCCACCUUCCGUUCCGCCAAAUUCGACCGCCUUGCUAGCGACCUCCUGCACAUCUGGGGAGGAUGCGAAUGUCGCAGGUUCUCGUUACAGUUACGAGGACUAUAUUGUCCACUUGGUUCCACCGCUGGACCAACCGCUCCACGUGCAAGAAUCUACCGCAUGCACGGUUUCAUCACCAUCGGCAACCGAUUCGGCACCUUCGCCGCCAUCUAUCACCGGGGAUUCAUCGUCGUGGUCAAGACUUGAGGUGCUCGACCCACUGAUGUUCACGGACUUCAAGUGGAUGCCCGUUCCCCCGACCGGACGAUUGUCGAAACCGCAUUGCAAUGUGCUSAUGGCACAACUGCGGGAUUACUUGCACACUGCAGGACCAACUCCGUUGAUGGACGCCGGAGUAGAGUUUGUCGACCUUCACGCUUACAUUGCGAAGAUCGACCGUGAGUUCAAGACGCAACGGUACGACGACAUCGACGCACCAUUGCUAUAUGUACGCAUUCAGAUCAGAGAGGCGACCUGCAACGCCUUGAUCGAUUGCGGAGCAUCUCGCAACUACAUUAGCCAGGACUUCAUGGUGCGCGCCAGCCUUGGCCCACGCGUCCGGAGGAAGUCCCAGCCUACGCAAGUCACGUUGGCGGACGGUCACACGUACAAGUCAAUCGACCGGUGCAUUGACAACAUCCCAGUGUACUUUGCCCCUCACGCAAGUGAGGCGGUGUCCUUUGACAUUCUGGACACCAAAUUUGACAUGAUUUUGGGCAUGUCAUGGCUGCGAAGCGAAGAUCACCCGGUGAACUUCUUCCACCGCACCGUUCACAUUCGUGAUCAGAACGGAGUACUAAUUCCAUGCACGGUGCCUCUUCCUCAUCCUUCGAUCAGCUGCCACGUGGUAUCCGCCGCAAGCAUGCGAGCUUCCAUCAUCAGAGACGACAUCGAGGAGAUGGGGGUGUGUUUUCUCCACGCCCUCCCGCCCCAUGACGCUUCAUCGACGGACUCACCUUUGGAUCCACGCAUCACCGAGUUUCUCGACGCCUACAGCGACGUGUUUGAAGGCCCGCACGGAGUAACGAUCAGAAACGCCGGCCCUCUCCCACGCAUCGACGAUCUUCUCGAGCGACUGGGCGGCGCCAAGUUCUUCUCCAAGCUCGAUCUCAAGUCGGGAUAUCACCAACUCGAGAUUCGCAAGGAGGACCAUUACAAGACCGCGUUUACGAUGCGAUAUGGGCAUUUCGAAUGGCUGGUUAUGCCAUUUGGCCUUACGAAUGCCCCGGCCACUUUCCAAGCGGCUAUGACAACGGAGUUCCGACACAUGCUGGAUCGAUACGUACUUAUCUACCUCGACGACAUCCUGGUGUACAGCCGGAGUUUGGAGGAGCAUGUGGAACACCUGCGCACCGUUUUGGAGCGGCUACGACAAGCCAAGUACAAGGCCAACCGCGACAAGUGUGAAUUCGCACAACAGGAGCUGGAGUACUUGGGACAUUACGUGACGCUGCAAGGCAUCCGUCCGCUUGGGGACAAGAUCGAGGCCCUACGAGUAUGGCCCGAGCCCACCAACACCACGGACGUUCGUUCAUUCAUGGGAUUGGCGGGCUACUAUCAGCGAUUCAUCACCGGAUACUCAAGGAUUGCUGCACCUAUGACGAGGUUACAGUCGCCAAAGGUGCCAUUCGUAUUCGAUGACGACGCACGCCGGUCAUUCCAAGCACUUAAGACGGCUAUGCUCAUGGCACCCUCUUGGAACGCAGUCUUGGAACAGCACGACGGCGAAGACUGGCACCCUGUGGAGUAUUUCAGCCACAAAGUGCCUCCCAUCAACUCGCUUGAUGAUGCAAGGAAGAAGGAGCUGCUCGCAUUCGUCAUGGCUCUCAAGCGAUGGCGGCACUUCCUCCUUGGGCGUCGUAGGUUCACAUGGGUUACGGACAACAAUCCAUUGACCUACUACAAGACRCAGGAUGCGGUGAGCAGCACGAUCGGACGAUGGAUGUACUUCAUCGACCAGUUUGACUUCACACCGGAACAUCUUCCUGGCCUUUCAAAUCGCGCAGCAGAUGCACUCUCGCGAAGACCUGAUCUUUGCGCUAUGACACAUCAUGCCUUUGCAUUCGACGAGGAGCUUCAGCGACACUUCAUCCGGGCAUGCGAGUCUGAUCCGGACUUCGCCACGCUGUAUGCACAGCUCUCUUCGGAUCACCCGCCGGCCAGCCACUAUCACAUUGCCACGGGUACUUGCUCCUCCACUCGAGAGGCAAGGACUUACUAUGUGUCCCACGCGACCGCCGUCUUCGGACUCGCCUCCUCGGCGAGUAUCAUGAUUCGCGACUCGCCGGCCAUUUCGGAGUCAACCGCACUAUUGCACGGCUUCGACAACGAUUCCGAUGGCCCGAUCUCAUUACCGACAUCACUCGGUAUUGCGACUCUUGCGAAGUUUGCCGACGCAGCAAGCCCCGCAACCGCAAUCCCUACGGCGAGUUACGCUCGAUGCCUAUCCCACGGGAAGCUGGUCUCUCCAUUGUCAUGGACGUCACCGGUCCGUUUCCCCGCGACCGGCUUGGGCACGACGGCAUCCUCACUGUUAUGGACCGAUUGAGUAAGUACGCGCGUUUUCUCCCUUGCAAGUACUACUCCACGGCUCCCGAGCUGGCACGCCUC